AUGUCAGAGAAUAAUGAAACAAAUGAUGUACAAUCGAUAUAUUGUCGCAUCUUGAAUGUUGCCGAAGGAAUUGAAUUGCCGGCCGUUCAACUCAAAGAUGGCAGUACAGUACAAACAGGCACUGUCGCUGCUAUGUUAAAAAAUAUUGAACGAUUCAAUAAUGGCGAAAACAAAGAAGGAGACGAAGCACGACAUGAACUUGAACGUUGUGUACCUGUCUUAUUACGUGUUGGUCUCUUUCAACUAUUCACACCUGAUGAAUGGAUCAAUAAUAAUGGUCAACAAGAUAAUCCCGGCCGACGAUUCGUUGGUCAACUCGCUAAGCAAUAUCAUGCCGAACAUUCAUCAUAA